GAGGCAUUGAAGGAAGGGGGUGGUGUGAAGAAAAAGAGAGAAACAGAUAGAAAUGCGAGGGGCCGCUAGCAGAAUAUAGUAUAGCAGGAUUGACUGCAUUAACCAAAACUUCCCCAAAUACCAUAUAUAAAACCCAUCUCCUGUGGGAGCAGAUACGCAAGAAGAUAAUCACUGAAAACAGAAAGAAGAAAUUAUAUAAAUGUUACCAAAUUCUUGUAUAUUCACCAGUAGAUUUUAAUCGGGAAGCUUUACUGAAUAGAUUGUGAUCUUGCUGAGUGAACAAAUGAAUUCCUGGUUUCUCUCAUUGUCCGAUGGAGAAGGCAAUGCUUAUAAUGCUCCCUGUUCUGCUUCUUAUUCUGCCUUGAGUUUGAGUUUGGAUGUCGGGUUUUUUAAUGGGAUGCCGAUUGGAAUGACACUGAGGCGCAUAGAUAAAUAGAUAGUGUGGUUUGUCCAUGAUAUAUUACGAAGCGUGUCAGGCGCAGUUUCUUGGAAAUUAAAAAAUGUGUUGAAGCUUCUAUUAGGUUUUGUAUAUGCUCUAAGUAAAUUCUCAGUGAUUGGAUUGCUUCAUUAGGAAAAUGAAGGCUGUUCCUGUUUUCGUCUAACGAACUCUAAAUUGUUGCUGGAUACUUAGUUCUUUGAAUUGAAAAUUGUUUGGCUAUAAGUAAAGAAGUAAGACAAAAAAUAUAUCACCAGUUAGUCAUGGGCUUGCCUCAAGUUCCCUCGGGAAAGAUUUCUGAAGAAGUGUCGACAUCAAUGAGCACAAUCAUGCAAAUACCAGCUCGAUUUGGUGGUGUGGGAAACUUUGGUGUGAGUGAGAUGCAUGUGAGGAACUUGAGCAGUCGAAUUUCUGGCGACCUUCAAUGCACUUCAUCAAGGGAACAACCGAAGGAAUCUGAUUUGAUUAGUUUGCAUAAGGAUGGUGUGGCCAACAUGCAUAAAUUGAGGAUUGAUUCCGUGGACAAGAAUCGUUUCAUAUUGCAUCAUGGCGGAAAGAACAUUCAGACUCCAGCUUCGAGGAUUGUGGGUUUUGAACCCAAUUUGCAAAUUAACCAUGCCAAUCAGAGUGAAGACAAACAAUCUGGUAGUGUUCAUUUGUCUUCUGGAAAUGGUAUAGCUUGUAGUUCAAAUGAGAACUCAAGUUCAGUGGUUAGGAAAAGGCUAUUAUCGCCUUUGAAUGGCAUGCUCUUGCCUGAUGAAUUUGGAGGUGAACAUCUAGAAAUUGGGAGCAGGUUAACUCAUAGUAAUCUUCACUUAAGAGGCGGUGGUUAUAGCAUUAACCUAAAAGAGAAUAAAAAAGCUCAUCUAGGCGACUUGGACUAUGGCAGUCCUCCUAUUUGGUCCACUCCUAGCUUUUCAAGGAGUAAUAGUCCACCUGAAGAAGAUUGUGAAACUAACUCCAGUAUCAUCACUGACGGGCCUUUACUUGAAAACCAUGAACAUGGAUCUCAAAAUCAUCUCUCAUCAUACCAUGGUUUUAGAUUCAGUAGGGGAACAAUUGAAUCACCAACCAGUAAUGGGGCAAUAAAUAUAUUACGGGACAGUGUUGUCUCCCCGCCUCUGUCUCUGUCUCUGUCUCCUCUUGGACCAAGAUUUUGUGGAAAGAUGAGGCAUUCUAGAGUAUGUUGGGAUUCCAAGAGAGAGUUUGAUGAGAGUUAUAUAACCUUUAAGGAUGUAGAACAGUCUCUUGAAGGGACAGUCUCUAGCUUUUGGUCAUCUCAUAAAGACGAAAAUGUCAUAAUGGCAAGGAAAGGACUUGAAGAUGAAAAUUUUGGAAUGAACUUUGAGCAAUUGACUCCCGAAUGCUUGACACCCACACAAGGGCAUAAUCCGACACUUACAGCUCAAAAUACAAAAUUAGGCAGAACCUUAGGUGGUUUAUCUGUCAGAAGGUCCUUGGUUGGUUCAUUUGAGGAGUCGCUGUUGUCUGGUAGAUUAGCUUCUGGGAUUGUCAGCCAGAAAAUUGAUGGUUUCCUCGCUGUUCUGAAUAUCACUGGAGGGAAAUUUUCACCUCAUCCGCAGAAACUUCCAUUUGCUGUGACAAGUGUGGAUGGUGAUAAUUACUUAUUGUACUACUCAUCUAUUGAUCUUUCUGGACAUUUAUCUUCGAACAAAUGUGAGGGUCCAAAACUGAAGAGAAGCCUCAGUGUUAAUGGCUCCUCUGAUGACAAAGCCCGUCUGAGGAUACCUAUGAAAGGGUGUUUGCAAUUGGUCCUAAGCAAUCCGGAAAGAACACCUAUUCAUACAUUCUUCUGUAACUAUGAUUUGAGUGACAUGCCGGCUGGCACCAAGACAUUUCUACGACAAAGGACCACUCUGGCCGUGGAUAAAAGUGGGCAGAAAGACUUGGGAAUUUCAGCAUCAGGUGAUUCUUUAGAGCAGAAGACUCCGUUUACUGGUACAUGUGGAGCCGAUGCACAUAGCGUAGUAGACAAUAAUUGCCCAAAUCUUAACGGGAUAGACAAUAUUCGUCUCAGUUUAUCUGGUGGGAAAGAAAGUAAAUCUCUAUGCAGCCCAUCAAAGGUCAACAAGAAUCCUACAGGUUCUGGUGUUCUGCGAUAUGCCCUACAUCUCCGUUUCGUCUGCCCCCACCGCAAGAAGUGCUCGAAAACCGGUGUGAAAUGCAAGUCUGGUCCAUCUUCUCUUCCUUCAAGGGACAGCAUGGAGAACGACGGGGAGCGCCGUUUCUACUUGUAUAAUGAGAUGAGAGUUGUUUUUCCUCAGCGUCAUUCCGAUUCUGAUGAGGGGAAGUUGCAAGUGGAAUACGAUUAUCCUUCGAAUCCAAAGUACUUUGACAUCAGCCAAUAAAGAUUUGGCAUUAGAUGAUUCUCUAAUUCAGUUCAUCUGUACAUAUUGUUGUACAUAUAUCUCCAAAAUGCUAACAGAAGGGUUAGCGCAACCGAGCUGCUUGUAUAUUCGUGUCAAUAAACUGCUGCUCAUGUGUUGUGAAAAACAUUUACUUCGUCAAAAAAGAAAUUUAAUUAUUUCAGUAAAAAAGGAGAAUCGUGCUUCGAUUCUUGUUCU